UUCUCGCAUCGCCUUUAACAACCGCAAGACUGAACAGCUCUCUAGCAACCAGUGCAUGCUGUUGACCUUGUUGCGACCAUGUUUCGCGCGCAGAGCUCCCCCAUGGAUGAUGCGAUCGUCAAGGCCACGGACGAAAAUCUUACGAGCGAGAAUUGGGAAUACAUUCUCGAUGUCUGCGAUCGCGUGUCGGCCAACCCAUCUGGCGCCGCACAAGCGACCGCCGCCCUGAUCAAGCGACUUGCUCACCGAAAUGCAAAUGUUCAACUUUAUACCUUGGAGCUCGCGAACGCCCUCUCUCAGAACUGCGGACUUCCCCUCCACCGCGAACUCGCCUCCAAAGCCUUCACCGAUGCGCUGCUCCGACUGGCGGCCGACCGAACCACACAUGCUCAGGUCAAACAGAAAGUACUCGAGCGCAUGGGCAGCUGGUCAGAUGAGUUCCGCUCAUCGCCAGAGUUGGGCAUCAUGGAGCAGGCAUAUCAGAAGCUGCGGACGCAGCAGCCUGGUCUCAUGCCUCCAAGCAAGCCCACUAAGAAAGAGAUCAGUAGCGACGAUAGGCGCAAGGAGGAUGAGGAGCUUCAGAUGGCGCUAGCGCUAAGUAUUAAGGACAAGGGACCAGUCAAUGGCACGACGCAGAGCAACGAUAGCAAGGAGCAACAAGUGCAAAACACACAGUCGCAGCAGCCCACACAGCAAGGUACUACGGCUGCGACAGUGAGCCGAGUAAGGGCUCUUUACGAUUUCACCCCUUCUGAGCCUGGCGAGCUUGCUUUCCGAAAGAACGAUAUCAUUGCGGUCCUGGAGUCUGUAUAUAAAGAUUGGUGGAAAGGCAGUCUGCGUGGACAGACGGGUAUCUUCCCGCUGAACUACGUGGAGAAAUUGCAAGACCCAACGAAGGAGGAGCUAGAGAGGGAUGCACAGAUGGAAGCUGAAGUAUUCGGUGAGAUCAAGAACGUAGAAAAGUUGCUAGCCCUGCUCAGCGUAGGCUCCGAAGGAGGUGGCAGGCGGGGAGAAAGAGAGGAGGAAGAGAUCAGCGAGCUGUAUCAGAGAACACUGAGCAUUCGACCAAAAUUGAUCGAACUCAUUGCGAGAUACUCGCAGAAAAAAGACGACUUUACACAGCUCAACGAGAAAUUCAUCAAGGCAAGGAGGGAUUACGAGGCAUUGCUCGAAUCGUCUAUGUCUCAACCGCCACAGCACCAGCAGUACCCCAUCCGAUCGCGGCCUCCGCCCCAAUUCCAACAUCAACAGCCGCCCUAUGGGGCGCCUCAGCAUCAACCGCAGGGGUAUCCACAAGGCCACCCGCAAAAUGCGCAACAGCCCGCGCAGCCAUUCUCGCCAAGUCAGCAGCAUCUACCUCCUCAGCAGGAUCCGCAGCGAUAUUACUCGCCUGCGCCCGCAGAGCGAACGACCGCGCAACAGCCUGGCUUUACAAGUCCGUAUCCUCCGCAGAAUGCACCUCCGCCAAACGCGGCGGCGAGCGUACCAGCUCCGUUCCACUUCAUACCAGGAGGCGUUCAAUCACCUCCUCCGAAUGAAGUGAGACGGAAACCAAGCCCAAAUGCAGCACCGGGCGGCCCCUACGAUGCAUACAAUGCUCCACAAGGUUUUCAAGGCCAGAUUCGACCAAAUUCGAUACACACCUUAAACUCUGGCAACCCACAAGAACUUGCCACGGGAGGUUACGAGUCGCCGAUUGACAACCGACAUUCAUAUCCUUCUGCGCAGAUGGGCCAGCCAGUGCAGCCACCCGCUCAGACUUACAAUGCUUACCCCACGCCACAGCAGCCAUAUCACUCUGGCCAAGCACCUCCAGCGCAAGCGAACGUGAGCAGAGACGAUCUCAGCAGGCAGCGAACGCACAGCUUCGAGAAUCCACCUGCAUUCGCCGACGGACAAAUGCCACAGCAGCAACAGCAGCAGCAGCAGCAGCACCCAGCAGGACCGGGCGGACCCAGCAGCCCAGGUGUUGCUCAAUAUCAAGCCUAUCAGCCGCAGCCCAGUGUACCGUCAGGAGGAGGUGGCGGCAAAGAAGCAGACCCGGGCGAUUUCUACAGGUAGCGGAAGGCCGGAGGCGAAGCGACAGACAUGGAGGAGCAGCAACUGUAUGUACUACUGUAGCGCCACGAUGUAAGCUUAUCGACCAACUGCACGCGUCCAAGAUAGGCAAGCGAGUCAUUUGCAGAGGUUUCAGCGACCAGCGCACGACACUCGCACAAUCGAGUCCAAUGCAACCAUCGGCCCGUGGUAGGCGUACUAUCGGUGCUAUGCACGAAGCCGGUGGCCAAGCCGGCAGUGGGUGUUUGUCAUGCUGUCAGUAGGUGAAGGGGGACCAAAGCAAUCGCCAG